AUGAGAGAAUGGCUUAAAAACCUGAACUUUGAGGAGAAGGAAAAAAUAUUGUUCACAUGGCAAAAUUAUAAUCCAGAAAAAUUGAAAGAGGCAUUUGUAAAAGAAUUCGAUAAAGCUUAUAAAUUAUGGCGUGAUAAUGUCUUUUACCCGUCUUUGGGAAAACCCGACGAACUCAAAAGAAUGUUGAUUUCAAAAUUUACAAAAAUUGGUAAAAAACAUAGCGAUUUAUUGGAUAAAAUCAAAAAAGAGAUGGAAAAUGAAAAAAAGGAGGAUGAUAAAAAGGAUGCUGAAAAGAAUGCUGAAAAAAAGGAAAAUUUGAUAAAAUCACUUUUUGUGAGCCUAAAUAUUAAAAAAUUCAAAAAAUGGCGUAAAAUAACAAAAACAAGCAUUGAAAAAAUUCAAAAAGUUUUUCUUAAAAAUAUUGACUAUAGUUACAAUACAUGGCGCAAAACACUCAGCACUUUUUCUAUGCCUUUGAGAUCUGCUUAUUUGACCUUUGGCGGGAAUUUGAUUCGGAAACUGGUUAAUGAGGUAGUUUUAUAG